AUGAGACAUCUGCUACUGAUUUUGGGCUUGGCCCUGGUCUGUACUUUCCAGGCUAAGGCUACUGAUUCAGUAGAUGACUUCGAUUUAAACAAGCUUGCAGGAAGGUGGUAUCCUAUAUUUUUGGCCUCCAGUGUGAAGGGAAGCAACUCUGCAGCUUUUAUUCACACUAUUAAAGUGAAAGCAGACAAACUGAUGCUUUAUUUCACCCUCAGGAGAAAUGGCAAUUGUAAGAAAGUGCCAGUAUUGGCUUACAGAUUGGAAAACAAUAAAUACAAACUCCAAUAUCCAGGCAACAAUGUACUCUAUUUGGAAGAUGCUGACCCAAUGGAUUAUCUCCUGAUCUAUACAACUAAUGAGAUUUAUGGGAGAGAAACCAAAGGGGUGGAGCUCUACAGUCGACAGAAAGGAAAACUUUUGAAUCAAGGCAUAAAAAGUAAAUUUGAGCAACUUUACAUAUUACAUGGACUUAAAGAUGACAAUGUCAUUGACCUGACCAAUACUGAUCCAUGUUCCCAUCUCUCAGAAUAG